UCCUCUCUUUUUCUUCCUCCUCUGUCCUGAUCUCAAAAGGCCCUGUAAUUCCCGGAUCUUCCAUCGUCGCUCUCAUCCUCAACGACCCAUUUCGAGCUUCUUCGGAUCCUGAGUUCAGAUGGUGUUGCAGUUGUUCUUCACGGUGGCCUUCUCGGCGGUGCCUCUCACGCUGUAUGUGCCCCCGAUAAGGAGCUUGAAUCUGUUCGUGGAGACGAUGGAGGAUCUGCUGCGAGAGUCCAGGACCUACACGCACCGAGUCUAUCCUCGCGUUCGCCAUGCCUGGGUCCGGAUGGUGGACUGUCUUCUUUGUAGUACAGCCUAAGCCUGAUCUUCCAUACCCGAUUCUCCUGUGAAGCUUUUUUUUUUCCUUU